AUGGCCGAGUUAACUGCACGAGAGCAAAUAGAAGGCCACAAAGCACUCUUGGAACUAGAAGCAUGCUUUAAUGCUAAACCACGCGGUGUUGUCCUAAGCAUUCAGGGAUCCCAGAUCAAUGCGCUAGCCAUGUUCUCUAAAAUAUUUCAAAAAUACUCUUAUCCUGUCAUUAUAAAUGCUGCAAUUCUAAAACUUGCUGAUUGGUUUAGAAUAAGCAAUAACAUCGUAAAAUUUCAUAUAUAUCAAGUGUUUAAGCAAGCUUCUGACCUUCACUUGGCUAAAGUUCUUAAUGUUGAAGAAACAGCAAGACGUAUACUGGGAGUUCUAGAUAGUAACGAUCCAACCGCCCGAUCUAUUGCACUCCGUGUGCUUGGCUGUAUGUCUAUGAUUAUCGCAGAAAAGCUAGAUGUACACUUUAGUCUUGUACAAAGGUUGGAGCAGGCAACUGAUCGUGUUGAAGUUGAGGCUGCUAUUUGGGCGGUCGAUCGGAUAUGUGCACGAUCCCAACGAUUCCCUGCUGUGAUUUAUUCAAAGGUGGUGGCCGAAUUAGAAAAUCCAAAAACUUCGCCUCAUACCAGGUUAAAGCUUGUUAGAAUAUUUCGACACAUGCACCGAGAUAUUAGUAUGGCCAGACAGACAAAAGAAACAUGUUUAGGCUUCUUGGAUAAGUUUGCCGACGAUGAAAAGUUUGUUAUAGAGACCCUGCGAACACUUACCAUUUUACUCAGUGAAGCUCGUAUUGAUAUGAGGGAGCAGAUCGACCGCCUUUUGGAGUAUGCUCUCAAAGAUAAAAGAGAGGCUGUGUGCUUCAGCCUUUUGUACGAUUUAGUUCUUCUGGGAAGGAAUGAUAUAAUAUUUGACACUUCUCAUAUGGCGAAAUUACUUGACAUUGUCUCCAAAAUGAACGUCAGCCCAAGGCUUCAGCAAAGAGCCUACAAAUGUUCACAAGCACUUAUAUAUACUCACCGUCAGCUAAUCGCUCGUCUACUGUUGCAGAAUGAAGACUAUAUAUACAGACAUACAUUCCUAAACUCUUUAGACAUAUGCGAAAACAGACUGGUAGAGGCAUUAAAGUGCGGACGAUACACCCUUGCCAUUGCAUGUGCUCGUCUCUUGACAUCUGUUGUUGAGAUUUCUUUAACCAAGAAUACAUCUGAAGAGGAUAUGGAUAUAGAUAAUGAUAUAAAAGCUCGGAUGGGUCAGCUAGGAACAAAUGUGGUUAAACAUGUCAGUUGUGUCGACCUGAGUGUUGUAAAUGAGACAGGUUUCUUGAACAAGGCAGCCAGAUGGCAGCUAUGUGAAAUACUCAAAGUAAAAGCACGACUUUGCUUGCUUUUAGUUGAUUGGGAUUAUGCCAUGUCCUCAAUAUUAUUGCCCUAUUUAUCUUCUAUUUCAUGCAAAUGUAAAAACCUUUCUCAGUGGCUGCCUUAUGCAAUUAUUGAUGGUUUGAAAAGUCAUCAUGAGAAUCCUCUUGUAUUUGUCAAUUUGAUGCGGCUUUUGUUUCGAACAACAAGAAAACAUUCGAUUGAGAAAGAUCAUAUAUCCGAGUCAAUUGUAAGAUUAUUACGUGAAUUUGGUUACUGGGAUGAACAAGCCGGUGUAUGUACAAGAAACGCGUGGUAUUUGUACCUCGUAGGUAAAGAGGCUGGCGUGUACGGUUGGUAUCAGGUCAUGCACUGUGCCAUCCGGGAUCUUACUCGAAAGGCCGAAUCGGAAGCAUCCCGGUAUUGGCUUUCUGCUCUCUCGACCCUAGCUGAAGCGGAGUGGAAACUUUUAAGGAAUGAUAUACAAGUUGAAGGGCACCUUUCUGCUGCCACAAAUCAAUAUCUUGCAGUCAUCAACCAAUUAAAAGCUUUUCAGGCGUUGGACCAACCACUACUUUUACAAACCUGGUUUGUUCAGCUACGAAUGGAGAUGGUCAACGCAAUACAAUUCAUGACAGUCGUAUUGGAUCAGCUCCAACCAAAUUCAACACACUGCUCCAAUGAUAGAAAACUCGCCAAAUUUAUGCAAUCAUGUGCUAUUCGGUUCAGAAAACUUGCUUUCCGUUAUGACUUUACUGCACAAUCAUUUUACGGAAUCGAUCAAGAAGCUUUAGACGUAAUUGAAUCUUAUAAGAUAUGCUCAUUGGUUUGUGAACAUGCUGCUCGCACUUAUUUGAAAUCAGGGAUGCUGUUUUUCUGCAUAGACCCAUCCCUCAUACCCCUCUUGAAUACUGUAAAUAAUCAGUCAAAUAUCCUACCAUCCUUAACGAAUCAUACGGCACUUAAAAGGACAUGUGCUGAAUUUUUAAGGAAAACAGUGGAUUGGGAAGAGUCAAACAUGAUAGAAGGUCAUCAAGAUAAAUGUAAAGCUGAUAUCCAACGGUUUAGUAAAACUUUGCUUCAAUGGCCAUUGAUUCUUCCGAGGUCCUUUUUCACAAAUCAAAGAAAUGUGACAAUACAACUUACGACUGAUCCUUUACUGAGCGAGAAGAAUCCGAUUACACUUCAACCUCGGGAAGAUCUAGUUAUCAAACUAGAAGGGCUUGUUAAAUUUCCGCCACAAAAGAAAGCUUUCAAAGUUAUCAAGAAAGCUGCAAUCGUGUGCUUUGUGACCAGAGAGAAGAUUGUUCAUUUGGAUGAUCGCCUUGGGGUUGGGAUGAUAUUUGCAGAUCCUCUACAAGCCUUGUCUGAUGAAGCUAGCGAGUCUAUCCUCUUACAAUCUCCAACAGUGUAUACAACUGAUGUGGUCAACUCUUAUUUCUCAUGUACAGGACUAUUAAGUCUUCCUGAGCCUAAUCUGACACCAGAUGUAUUCUCUCCUCUUGGUGAAAUUCAGAAUAUACGCCAAGAAGCAUGGGUGAAUAUAUUUGUGAAAUUAGUAGAUGAAAACUCAGAGAUAUGGGCCACUGGACCACAGCAAUGUGGAAGAAUUACUUGGUAAAAAAAAGCAAGUUAAUGCCUUGUACGGUAAUAUUUGUUUUGCUACCAUUUCGUACACUGUAUUUUUAAUACGGCUCCCAUCGUCGAAAGUGAUGAAAAUCUGUAGAAAGUUUAUUGAUUCUUCUUGAUACACCAUCUUAAUUUUAUAUAUUUUCCUAUUCUCUUUCGCUU